CUCGACAUCUCCAAACUGGCUUGAUGCUGGGUAUUCGGACGAAGGGCGACGGGUCUUGGCCAAGGGAAGGGACCGGGUCGACGCAUUACCCUUGAGUACCUACUUUCUAGUAUUUCCCAACGACAGCAAAUCUAGGUACUCCAACCGACGGUCCAAGAUACCGCUGGCCUUCCGUCUAUAUAAGACUCAAUUCCCGCCCUUGACAUGUGAGGUGCUGCUCGGACAAUCAAAAGCAGCAGCUUUCGGACUUGGGAGCAUCGCAGAUACACAAUGGCUCAGUCACAGCACUCCACUCUCGUUGAAUCUAGCAAUGCCAAACCCAAGGCCUUCAUCAUCGUUGGCAGCGGCGUUUUUGGCUUGUCGACCGUCCUUUGGCUGCUCGCCCGUCACCCCGAUGGCGCCAUCAUCCUCGUUGACCAUACCGAGUUCUCCAACCCCAAAGCCGCCUCUCAUGACAUUUCCAAGAUCCUGAGAGAUGACUAUCCAAACAUGUCCUACGCGCCCUUGGCCAUAGAGGCUAUGAACCAUUGGAGAACCGAUGGCCUCUUCAAGGACUUUUACCAUGAGGUCGGCGUGCUUCGUGCGGACCCUGGCAGCCACAACGAAAAGGCCCAGAGUACGCAUCGCAGUCUCGGUCACGAAUCCGGAGCCACCUGGAUGGCCCCCGACAAGGUGCGAGCUGCAUGGCCUGCUUUCGCCACGACCGACUUUGAGGGGCUUGACCGCGUCAGGUACAACCCCAACUGCGGCUGGGUUGACGCUGCCGACUCUCUCGAAGCCGUUCGUCAGCAUGUCGUCAAUGCCGGAGCGACCCUCGUGGUCGGCGAGGUCACCACCUUGCUGUUCGACACCGCCGGCGGGUGCACGGGCGUCAGGCUGGGCAACGGCGACGAGCUGAACGGCACCGUUGUGCUCUGUACCGGUGCCCGUACCGCCGCCCUGCUCGCCGAGAGUGCCCCUGAACGGAAAGAAAUACACGCCGCUCACAGACUGGCCGCCACCGGCGCCGUCAGCUUCACCCUCAAGGCUGAAGGGGACCAAAAGGACAAGUUCAGGGGCAUCCCCGUCCUCAAGAACACCCUGCCAUCGGUCAAAGGCGAGUCCAUGUCAAUGACACCGGACGGCACACUCAAGUUCAACUGUGACAUGGCCUUCUUGUACAGCCAGUUCCACACCCCUACCGGCACCACCAUGUCUUUAGCACCCACGGACCCCCACCUUACCGAGUGGACAACCGAGGAGCACAUUCCCCGUCAUUUGAAGAACCGGGCCUACAAGACCCUCAAAGGCCUGUACGGAGAUGAGAUGGAGGGGAGGACGAUCGACAAGUACCGAAUCUGCUGCGUGCGCCCCCCCAGGGACACGACGACGCCUGAGCACGAUUUCCUCAUCACCCCCCACUCGCAAUGCAGGCAUCUCUUCAUCGCGACCGGCGGCUCCUUCCACGGCUGGAAGUUCUUUCCCGUCAUCGGCAAGUACGUCGUCCAGAUGCUGUACGGCGAGCUGGAGCCCCAGUACGCCGCCAUCUGGGGCUGGGACCGCAAGGCUGGCGGCCAGGUGGCCAACGCGACGUAUAGCACCGAGGGCGACCUCGGUGAAUGGAUCAGGGAGGAUGAGAAGCAGUAGGCAUCCGUCCGCGUGUUUGAGAACAGGAGGGAAGUGGUUUGCCUAUAUGGCGAAGCCGACGAGUCCUUGUAGCGUCGGUGUCUGAACAGUUGGCCCUCUGAAAAGAAAAGAGAAACAUAUCGCCCAUGUAUGGGUUUAGGAGCACCAAAUUGAGAGAAUUCGAUCAUUGCCCGAGGCCAAUGUGCGUUGUUUAGUCGGAAAAAGACUCGAAGACAUGACAUUGACUCGUUUAACACGGCCCCG